AUUAGCAGAACAACAUGAAGUACGACUCCCUCUCUCUAGUCAACUCUGUAGAAACUCUUUUAACUCCAAGAAGAAAAGAAUGAAGAUAAUGAUGCAUUGAUCAUGUUGGAUUCAUAUGGGAAUGCUAAUUUGAUAUGUUGGGGAGAGACAAAUACCCCAUAAUUUAUUGUCCAGUUUAGGGGAGAACAUGCAUUCAAUCUCUUUGAUGCAAGUGAUAUAUGAUUGGCUUACAAACUGCAGCGGUGAACUAACACUGUAGACAAUGAAACUGUGUCAUCUUCGAACCUAUUCCAAUGACGACAAAGUCAAGUGACCUCUAUUCUGACCGACCACAUCAUUUCUCUGUCCCCAAAAGGCACUGUAAGUGCGAACAAAAGCACUGGACAUAACCAAAAGUCAGAGAAUAGUGCAGGCAAAAGAAAAUAGCCGACCGGAGCAAUGGAGAUGUUGCAGUCGACUCUUAUCAUCGGUACAAGGAAGAUGUAGCGAUCAUGAAGGACAUGGGUUUGGAUGCUUACAGAUUCUCUAUAUCCUGGCCAAGGAUUUUGCCCAAUGGAAGAUUAAGCGGUGGAGUGAACCGAGAAGGCAUCAAGUACUACAACAGCCUCAUCGAUGAGCUCAUCGCCAAAGGUCUGCAGCCAUUUGUGACUUUGUUCCACUGGGACUCUCCCCAGGCCUUGGAAGACCGAUACGGAGGUUUCCUGAGCUACCAUGUGGUGGGCGACUUCCGGGACUACGCGGAGAUCUGCUUUCGGGAGUUCGGCGAUCGGGUGAAGCAUUGGAUAACCUUCAACGAGCCAUGGAGCUACAGCGCCGGGGGGUACGCCAUGGGGAUUCUGGCUCCGGGCCGGUGCUCGCGGUGGGAGGAACCCGGUUGUGGCGCCGGCAACUCCGGCAGGGAGCCUUAUGUUGUGGCUCAUCAUCAACUGUUAGCUCAUGCAGCAGCUGUAGCAGUGUACAGAAGAAAGUACCAGUCAUUUCAGAAAGGGAAAAUAGGCAUAACGCUAGUCUCCAAUUGGAUGGUUCCAUACUCUAAUUCAAAGUCCAACACGGACGCAGUGGAGAGAGCUUUGGAUUUCAUGUAUGGAUGGUUCAUGGAUGCUUUAACAAAAGGUGAUUACCCAUUCAACAUGAGAGCACUCGUCAAGGAUCGAUUACCUAAGUUUACCAGGAAGCAAUCGAGAUUGGUCAAGGGAUCCUUCGAUUUCAUCGGACUCAAUUACUACACGGCAAGAUAUGUUCAUGAUCUUCCGAGGUCUAACAGAGUUCACAAAAGCUACAGCACUGAUUCACGCACCAAUGCGACAGUGACCCGAAAUGGAAUACCGAUCGGACCAAGGGCAGCAUCAUCUUGGCUUUACAUCUAUCCAAGAGGCAUAAGGGAUCUCCUGCUCUACACAAAGACUAAAUACGACAACCCUGUAAUCUUCAUUACGGAAAACGGAGUCAGUGAGCUUGACAAGACUACAUCGUCACUUGAAGAAGCCCUCGAGGACAAGAUGAGGAUAGAUUACCACCGGAAACAUCUGUCUUUUGUGCAGGAAGCUAUCAGGGAAGGAGUUGAUGUGAGAGGAUACUUCGCAUGGUCACUGUUGGAUAACUUCGAGUGGUUCGCUGGAUACACCGUUCGAUUUGGGAUCAACUACGUCGACUACAAAGAUGAUCUGAAGAGAUACCCCAAGAGUUCCUCUCUCUGGUUUCGGAAGUUCCUCAGAAGUUAGACUUGGUUGUGGUGAAGAACAGUCCGCUGAAUCUUACUGCUUCUCUGCCUUUUGAAGAGAAUCGAAAGCCCAUGCAUUCAAUAAUUAUAAUCCACAACUUUUUUUUGCCGAGGGGGAGAAUUUGCAUGUAAUAGGAAUUCUCCAAACAAUAAGCUUCAUUUAUAAUCUGCUAUGAAGUAUAAGCUUC